AUGGCGGACCACGAAAAGGACCUCGAGAACGGCGAUCCCAAGCGCGAGAGAAUCUCGUUCGCCGACGGAUGGGAUCCCGAUAAGGAUGAGGGUGAAUAUGCCAACCUCAUCCGAUUCAUCUCGACCUACCGUGAUCGCAGAUUCAGCAAGGCUCCUUCGCAGGUCUCCAAGGAGGAUGCAGCUGAUGCCUCCCAACCAAAGAAGCGACCAUUCUACAAGAGGUGGUUCACAAACGGCAGCGGCGAAGGCGAUCUCUACCAAGUCCCUGAAGAAUGGCUCAACACCGACAUCAAGCAGGGUUUGACAACGGCUCAGGUCGAGGAGCGAAGAAGGAAGACUGGAUACAACGAGUUGACAACUGAGAAGGAGAACAUGUUCCUCAAGUUCCUCGGAUAUUUCAAAGGUCCCAUUCUCUACGUGAUGGAACUUGCUGUCCUGUUGGCGGCUGGUCUGCGUGACUGGAUUGAUUUUGGUGUCAUUAUUGGUAUCUUGAUGCUCAACGCCGUCGUCGGUUGGUACCAGGAGAAGCAAGCUGCGGAUGUUGUUGCCAGCUUGAAGGGUGACAUUGCCAUGAAGGCUGAAGUUGUUCGUGACGGCCAAGAACAAGAGAUCAAGGCCCGUGAACUCGUCCCUGGUGAUAUUCUCAUUCUAGAGGAAGGUGCCGUUGUUGCGGGUGAAUGUCGCCUGAUCUGCCCCUACGACAACACAGCUCUUUUCGAGGAAUACAAGGAAAUGGUCAACGACCCAGAGGGUUACCACUCCAAGAACCACACUGACUCUGACGACGAUGAGGAGCACCACGUUGGCGCCUCCAUCGUUGCCACUGAUCAGUCGGCCAUUACCGGAGAAUCUCUCGCUGUCGACAAGUACAUGGGAGACAUCUGUUACUAUACCACCGGUUGCAAGCGAGGCAAGGCUUACGCUGUCGUUACCGAAUCUGCUCGUGGUUCUUUCGUCGGUAAGACUGCUUCCUUGGUCCAAGGUGCUACCGAUUCUGGUCACUUCAAAGCCGUCAUGGACUCCAUCGGAACAGCCUUGUUGGUUUUGGUCGUUUUCUUCAUCCUCGCCGCAUGGAUCGGUGGUUUCUUCCACAACAUCAAGAUUGCGACUCCCGAGGACAGCUCCGUCACCCUUCUCAGCUACGCUCUUAUCCUUCUUAUCAUCGGUGUGCCUGUCGGUCUUCCCGUCGUCACUACCACCACUCUGGCUGUCGGUGCUGCUUAUCUCGCCAAGCAGAAGGCUAUCGUCCAAAAAUUGACUGCCAUUGAGUCCCUGGCCGGUGUUGAUGUUCUUUGCUCCGACAAGACUGGUACUUUGACUGCCAACCAACUGACCAUCCGUGAGCCUUACGUCGCUGAAGGCGAAGACGUCAAUUGGAUGAUGGCUUGUGCGGCUCUGGCCUCCUCCCACAACCUCAAGGCUCUUGAUCCUAUCGACAAGAUCACUAUCCUGACUCUGAAGAGAUACCCUAAGGCUCGUGAGAUCCUUCAACAAGGCUGGAAGACAGAGAAGUUCAUGCCUUUCGACCCUGUGUCCAAGCGUAUCACUACCAUCUGUACUCUCAAGGGUGAGCGCUGGUCAUUCUGCAAGGGUGCGCCCAAGGCCGUCCUGUCUAUUGCUGAGUGCGACGAGGCUACUGCGAAGCACUACCGUGACACCGCGGCUGACUUCGCCCGCCGCGGUUUCCGAUCCCUGGGUGUUGCCUCCAAGCGUGGCGACGAGCCCUGGAAGGUCAUUGGCAUGUUGCCCAUGUUCGACCCUCCCCGUGAGGAUACUGCCCACACCAUCUUGGAAGCGCAAAACCUCGGUCUCAGCGUCAAGAUGUUGACUGGUGACGCCAUUGCUAUUGCUAAGGAAACCUGCAAGCUCCUGGCUCUCGGCACCAAGGUCUACAACUCGCAGCGCCUGAUUGCCGGCGGUGUUUCUGGUUCUGCCCAAUACGACCUCGUGGAGAAGGCUGACGGUUUCGCUGAAGUCUUCCCCGAGCACAAGUACCAGGUCGUCGAAAUGCUGCAGCAACGUGGUCACUUGACUGCCAUGACUGGUGACGGUGUCAACGAUGCUCCUUCCCUGAAGAAGUCUGACUGCGGUAUCGCCGUCGAAGGUGCCACCGAAGCCGCUCAAGCCGCUGCCGAUAUUGUUUUCCUCGCCCCCGGUCUCAGCACAAUCGUCGAUGCCAUCAAGGUCGCUCGCCAGAUUUUCCAACGUAUGAAGGCUUACGUGCAAUACCGUAUUGCCCUCUGCUUGCACUUGGAGCUCUACUUGACCACCUCUAUGAUCAUCAUCAACGAGACCAUCCGUACCGACUUGAUUGUGUUCUUGGCUUUGUUCGCCGAUCUUGCCACAAUUGCUGUCGCUUACGACAACGCUCAUUACGAACCCCGCCCUGUCGAAUGGCAAUUGCCUAAGAUUUGGUUCAUCUCAGUCAUUCUCGGUUUCCUUCUUGCCAUCUCUACCUGGAUCAUGCGUGGUACUUUCUUCUUGCCAUCUGGCGGUUUGGUCCAGAACUUCGGCAAUGUUCAACUUAUGCUUUUCCUCCAAGUCUCACUGGUUGAGAACUGGCUUAUCUUUGUCACCCGUGGAGGUCAAACCUGGCCUUCUUGGAAGUUGGUUGGCGCCAUCUUCGCUGUCGACGUCAUCUCCACACUCUUCUGUGUUUUCGGAUGGCUCCACGGCGGUCUUCACGAGCUCAAGACCCUCCCCAAGGAUUCCUUCCAAUCCAACCACUACAGUGUCCAGACCUCCAUCGUCACUGUUGUUGUCAUCUGGGGCUACUCAAUUGGUGUUACCAUCGUCACUGCCAUCGUCUACUUCCUUCUCCUCAGCGUCAAGUGGAUCGACAACUUGGGCCGUGAAUCUCGCAGCCAUGCCGAUACCACUAUGGAGAACAUCCUCUCUCACCUCAGCCGUGUUGCCAUUGAGCACGAAACAGAUGUCCACGGCAAGACCAAAUGGGUUCUGGGCUCAAGGGGCACUGGGGAAGAGGAGGAGGAGUAA